AUGGGGAAUGUAUGUUUAUCAGAAAGUGAAGAGGUUUGGGAAUGGAAACAUGAAAUAAGUGAGUUAUGUAAGAAUUAUUCCUUAUUCCCUUGGUCACAGCAGAUAUAAUUUUAAAUUAGAAAUAUUGAAGCGGUUAGAGAGAUUCAGCUUAGAGACAUCUAUUUAAUGAAUGCCUUAUUUUUGAAUAACAAAAUUGAAAAUUCAGAAUCAGAACAUGCAACUAUUAGUUAGAAGAACAUGAAAAAAUUCAUCAGAAGAAGCGGACUAUCAGAGCAGCAACUUGAAUAGAAUGAUAUCUCUUUUUCUGGUAGUCUCUUAUCGGAUACUCAAUCCUACAUAUAUCACGAAAAGGCAUGUCAGGUGAGUGAGGUAAGUAUAAGGAGUAUGGACUAUUUUGCUCAUUUCACAGACAUAAUUAAGUAUCAAAUCAAAACAAAUGAGAUCAGCCAUCUCAUUAGGUUUUUCAAAUAAUCCUAUUAGACAGAUGAAACUUAUUUGGAUUCCUUCAAGGCAUUUAUAGAUUUUCUUUAUCAAAGUGUUGUCUCAUAUUAUAAAAUAUUGAACUUCAAGUAAGAAUUACCUCGAUAUUCUGGAUUAAUCAACAAAGACACUUUAAUUAAUUUCAUUACAAAUUGUCUACUUUAAGAUAGGGAAUUGUAUGAUAAAAUAUUUAACAAAAUAUCUGAGGAAUUGUAAGAUAAAUGUUAUAUCACAAAGAAGAUGAUGAUUGAAAAUUAGAAUCAAUCAACACGUGAAAUGGGAAUCUCAAGAGAAUUUUAAUUUCUAGAUGAACAUCAGCCAUAUUUACAACCAAUCAGAAUACUAUAAAAAGUAUAACAGAAAUAAGGACCUGCUAGUAAAGUCAAAGUUAUAUUGAAAAUGUCUUAAGUGAUUACAUUAUGCAUGUCAAAAGGCAGAGGCAAAAGUCUAUUAAUAGCCACUGAUGACAUGUUACCAGUCUUAAGAUAUGUUAUCAUCAAAUCUUAAAUCUACGAUAUUCAUGUUCAUAUAUUUAUUUUAUAGAAUUUAUUAACCCAAAAUGUUCUUUCGAGUAACUUAGGGUUCUUUAUAACAAGUUUGUAAGCUAGUAUAGAAUAAUGA